GACAGUUCUGACAGUUCUCAUUCUGACAGUAGUUACAGGCACAUUGAGUUCAUUGAUUAUAGGUUACAGUGGCAGGGCAGUCUGGCAGCUGGCAGUAGUGGCAGUUGACAGUUUCGAUUUUUCAUAAUAUUUGGUAUUUUGGAGGAAUGGAAUUUUGAUUAAUUUAUUGAAAAAUGUCUCUCUACAGUACUUUGAGAAAUGCUCUUCAACUUCCAAAAUCAGCAAUUCGAUAUGAAGUUGUCAAAAGAUGUAUGUCUGAGCAUAGAACUUUUCCAUUGACACCUACAAGAUGGCAGUGGAAAAAAUUCAAGGAUCACCUCCACUAUUACAUGAUGUUAGGAGUAAUCCCUUGCAGUUUAGGAGUCCUUUAUGCUAAUGUUUUCGUAGGACCUGCUACUCUCACAGAAAUACCUGAGGAUUAUGAGCCCAAAUAUUGGGAGUAUUAUAGGAGCCCGGUGACUAGAUUUUUGGCUAGAUAUUUCUUCAAUGAUCCCCAACAAGAUUAUGAAAAAUACUUGGCCUUUAUUUUCAUGGAAGAGGAGACCCGACAACUCAGGAAACUGGAAAAACAAAUAAAACAAAAAAUGGCUGAGAGGAAUGACUAUCAAGCAUAUUACUACAGACCUGUUGCUGCUAAAUACCAUAGAAUAUCAAGGGAAGCUGCCGAUCAAUUAGAAUCUAUCAGAGGAGAUUAGUGGAAACAAAAACUUUUUUGUUUGAAAUGGGGUACAUAACCUCUUCUCAUUUUCCCUCUUUUCAUUCUAGUAGGUAUCUUUUGUAGUAUUGUUGAUAGUUUUAUACUAGAAUCAUUUGAUUAUAAACAAUAAUUGAAACACUAAUUUAUUGAAUGAUUGGUCUGAAAUGAACAUUAAAAAAUAAAUUAUAUUAUCAACU